AAAUCUACACAAAAAAUAUUUACUCAAAUCCGGAGAUCUGGAGUUCGAAAUUAGAUAAAGGUGCCUGCUAAACUAUUUAUUCCACUCCUGCCGACUUGUAUUCGUUUCAUACAAACAAUUAUGAACUCAACUACUCCACAUGUCGAAGCUCGAGUAAGCCACGAUCAACAUUCCACUCAAACAGUUUCACCGACUCCACCACCGCCGCGGCCACCUCCACCACCUCCACCGCUGCCACUUCGGCGAAAGAAUUACGGCAAACUUUGGGGACCGUACCAUCAUCCUACAACUAGACUGCCCCAGCGCCAGCAGCAUCUAAGACCUCCGCCAGAAAGGUCUCAAGUAGUGCAUCUUCCCAAGGCGCCAGCACUGGCGCCGCUGCAGAAUCGAAUUGGUGCAGGAAGGCCUUCUAAAUAUUUUCUCGAGGAACGACAAAGAGAAGAAUACGUGAAUAUAUGUGUUCCUCUGUACAAUGCUGCACUUAAAGGUGACUGGCAUGUUGCCGAAAGAAUUAUAAAAGCUUGUCCAGAGGUGAUUAAAAUGAGCAUUACGAAGAGGCAAGAAACUGUUCUUCACAUUGUGUCCUCAACAAAACACACUGAAUUUGCCGAGAAUCUGGUGAACAUGAUGGCAGUAGAAGACUUGGGACUUCAGAACAAAGAUGAAGAAACAGCUCUCUGUGUGGCAGUAACUUCAACUAUUAAAAUGGUUGACGUCUUGCUUAAAAGGAAUAAUGGGCUGAUAAAGAUUCGUAAAAAGGGUGACUUACCUUUCUUAUGUGCGGUUUUUUCUGGAGAAAAACACAUGGUGGAACAUAUGUAUAAGAAGACUAAUCUGGAAGGCGAAAGAUGGAAUUACAGUGAUAAACAACGUAUGCUGGAUUCUUGCCUUGCUUUUGGCCACCUUGAUAUCGCAUUAGAUAUAUUUAACAAAAGCAAGAAGAAAGGGAUUCUGACAAUCGAUACUCGGGCACUUAGGUCUCUAGCUUAUAAUCCUACUGCAUUUGAAGGAAAAGUGCGACCUGUUUUUAGGAGGAUCGUAAAUACAUUACACCUUGGAUCAAGAACAAGGCCACUUGAAAGCUCAAAAGCGGCUAGAAUAGUCAGGAUAAUGUGGAGAGAAAUUGUUAAGCAGGAAAACGUUUUGAAAGCACUUUCUGGCAAGUCGGGAACAGAAAAAGUCGAAGGGCUUCACUUUACAGCUGCUAGACUAGGCAACUACAAAUUCCUAAUUGAGCUCCUUAAAUUGUGUCCUGAUCUUACAUGGGACAUAGAUGACAAGAAACACACAAUAUUUCACAUAGCAGUUACACAUCGACAAGAGAAUGUGUACAACUUAUUAUACGAGCUUGGCUCAAAGAAGUUAGGAACAACAGACAACUAUGGGAACAAUAUUCUACAUUUAGCUGCCAUUAAGCCAGCACAAGAUCGACUUAACAUUGUGUCUGGAGCAGCUCUUCAAAUGCAAAGAGAAAUACUAUGGUUUAAGGAAGUACAGAGCAGGGUAAAUUUGGUUGACAGAAGAAAGGUGAACAAGCAAGGAAAGAGCCCCCAAGAAUUAUUCACCGACGAGCACACAAAAUUAAUGGAGAAAGGAGAAACUUGGAUGAGGCAAACAGCAGCACAAUGCAUGGUUGUUGCUGCACUUAUAGCCACAAUUAUGUUUGCGGCAGCUUUUACUUUACCUGGUGGAAAUAAUGACGACAAUGGGCAUCCGAUACUCAUGAAGAAGAGUGCCUUCAAGGUGUUUGUGGUAACUGACGCGAUAUCAUUAUGCACUUCUUGCGCUUCCCUGCUGAUGUUCUUGGCCAUUCUUACCGCACGUUAUGCAGAAAACGACUUCCUGAGGUCUUUACCUGUGAAAUUGAUAGUUGGUCUGGUUACAUUAUUCAUCUCAAUUGCUAACAUGAUGAUUGCUUUCGGUGCCAGCUUCUUCUUGCUCUAUGCUAGAAGUAUGAAAUGGGUUCCUGUUCUGGUAACUGUAUUAGCAGGUUUGCCUGUUAUUUUAUUUGUUGGGCUACAAUAUCGUCUACUUAUUGAUGUGAUAAGCUCAACAUUCAAUUCAAGGCAUUUGUUUAGGCCUAAGAAACGUAUGCUUUACUAGUAAAUUUAAUGUUGGAUUAACUGAAUGAAUUAAUUU